AUGGACCAGAUCGCAGCUCUGAAGUGGGUCCAGAAGAACAUCCACGUGUUCGGAGGCGAUCCAGGGAGAGUCACCAUAUUUGGGCAAAGUUCAGGUGGGACGUCGGUGUGGACCAUGAUGAUGUCACCGCUGGCGAAGGGUCUCUUCCACGCCGCGGUGGACAUGAGCGGCUCGUACGUCUACAACGCGACGCUGGAACAAGCUGAGUCGGCUAACCUGGUUUUCCUGAAGAAGACGGGCUGCAGCGACCCGGCAUGCCUCCGUCGGCUCAGCGUCUCACAGAUCCUGCAGUCGAUCCCGUGGCAGGAGUAUCCGUCCUGGGCAGCAGAUGAUAUGACCGAUCUGCCCACUAGAGGGAGCUUCAUCGGGCCGGUCGCCGUGGUGGACGGAUACAUCCUGGAAGCUCCUCCGUUUGAGGUGUGGGAGAAGAAAGGAGCCUACAAUGACGUUCCUUUCGUUGUCGGGACGACGGAGCAGGAGGCCGAUUUCUUCCCUUCGUUUGAAAACAUCACCACGUGGACCUGGGGGGACUACCAGUGGUUUGUGAGAGAUAGACUUAAGUCCUUCAGCGAGAAUCUGACCGAAGCGGCACUGAAGCUGUACCUGACCUCCGACCACUGCCCCACCAGAGACCGCUGUCCAGAGCGGUCGUACACCACCAUGGUGUCGGACAUCAGGGUCACCUGUCCUAACAACGAUCUGGCCUGGAGGGCUGCAGAGGCUCUCCACAGUCCCGUGUAUCGAUACCUGGUGAAUCACACGUCAUCCAAACCCAUCGAGGCGUCCGGCGAUCUGCUGACGUUCCCGAGCCGCUUCGCCUUCCACUGCCUGGACAGCUUCGCUUUCUUCGGAGGGCUCGAGGGGAUCCUCGGGAAGCCGCUCUCCGACAACGACGAGAGCUUCCAGGAUCUCAUCACACACCACUUCGUCAACUUCGCCAAAACAGGUAAGAUGGCGGACGAGUGGCCAGAAUACCCAGCAGCCACUGCUCUCCUGUCCAGCCGUCUGAUCGUGGCCCAGAAUCACUCGUCCGAACGCUGCCGGCUGUGGAAGGACAACGGCCUGUACGCCUACGCCUGGAUUAACUGACCACGCACCAACACCAGAGCUUAUCUGAACACUGAGUCACUGCUUUGUGUCACAUAACCAGACCUGCGUGUCGUCCAGCUCAAAGAUAAAAUACAACAAAAACAAAAAAACAAGAUAAUGUGACGUGUGAAGAAUCUUGGAGCCAUUUGAUUGGCUGCGAGUUUAAAAACCACAAAAUAACCACAAGUUCUCCGAAGCUCGAUCUCGUUGUUUUGAAGUAACAAACUGCCAUUAACUUUAAAGGGUUGGUUCACCCAAAUUACAACAAAAAACAUUCUCACUUUCUCUCUUAUAAAAACUUUAAAGCUGCAACGAUUAGUCCAUUAAUGGAUUAGUAACAAAACUUUGAGUCAUUUUCUAAGAAAAAUGUCCAAAUUUUGUGAUUCCGAUAACUUUUCACCAUUUUGUGAUAUUUUAUGGACCAAAUAACCAAUUGAUUGAUGGAUAAAACAAUCGACAGAUGUAUCGAUAAAGAAAAUAAUAAGUUAGUUGCAGCUUUAAGAAACUGUUCUCACUUUCCUCUCUAUCCAUGAAGAUCAUUUUGGUUUUAUUUCUACAGGUUUUCUAGAUUUCUGCAUCCGUCCAACAACAAAAAAUCACAUUUAGAGAUUCAACCAAAAUGUGUCUCUACAGAAACAAUAUUCUGGUUAUUCAAAGACCUCACUGAGGACAGUUUUAAUUCUAACUCCUUUCUACUGAAGAAAUAGAAAACUUAAACUAUCCACAUGCCUAAAUACAACUCAGAGGUAAGUCAAUAAAUGUUUUUUGGUUUGUAAUUUGGGUGAAUCAUUCCUUUAGCAGGCGGGAGGUUUGGCCACACAGAGCUGAAGUAACUGAACAUCAGAGUUUGUUCAGAGUGAAGGAAACGUGAUGUAGACCAACGAGAACGACUUUACUGGACUGUCGAGUUAAUGGGAGUCGUUUGUAAUAAGAGUUUUUUUACAAAGCAAUUUAACUUUUUUAUGGAAAAAACAUAUCAUACACAUUAUUUGUCAAAGCAGAGUAUCUUAAUGUGUGUUAACCAUGUCUAGAUUGGAUGUUUAAGGGUUUUGAAGGGAAUGAAAGUUUAGAUUAUGAAAAGGUUAGUGGUAAAUUUAAGGUGUCCUGUAGUGGAAAGUGACUUUGUAUCUUACAUUGAGGGGAAACUACCGUCCAAAAUAUUUAAAAUACACAGGAAAUUUGGUUUCCCCUUGGCUGGAAAAUGACAUUCAGAGUUCUCCAAACAGCUUAAUGAGCAAAAAAACACAAAUACGUUGUAGCUCAGACACAAACUUUGACUUAAAAAGUAAAAUAUUCUACGUGAAAGACUCCCGAACUGUGUUAGCGUGAGGAGCACUUCCUGUUUAAACCAACCUGUUGGCAGCUUAUCUCCACAAUAUCAAUUUGGCCUCAUUUUUUGGCCGUUAGUGUAUACUAAUGUUCAUGACACACAGCUUUAAUUUGGAGUAUGCACCAUGCAAGCACAAUACACAUUCAGAUAAUAAAUGUCCUAAAACUGGCCACAGCAAUGAUUUACUUAGGUGGUCAAUUGAAUAAUGAAAACACAGUAAUCCAGGGACCGUUGGAUGUCAGAUACAAGACUGUAAGACUCCAGCUGAUUACUGGAGACUCUGUCAGAAGCUUGUUUUCCUUGGGCGUUGCCAAUUGAGCCAAAUAUGUGUUCUUAAGAGUUGAAAAUGUUGUGAUAAUGUUGAGGUUAAAUGAAUCUGCUUCAUAAACGUACUGGGAUUAAAACCUGAGCUUUCUCGUUGAGCUUGAAGCUUCAUUCCUGAUCUUAAGAAAUCAAAUCUUACCUACAGCGUAUUACUGCUCGCUUGGUCGUGUUUCUUCCUGAGCUUUCAGCCACAUCACACAGCCUUCAUCAGCGGAGGGCGUUUGCUCAGUCGUCAUGGAGACAGUAUAAUUGUUAUCAGCUGCAAUUUUAGUCAAAUGAUAACUGUCGUCGUUUCAGUUUUUUCUGUCAAAACUGAGCAAACUCUGCUGCUGAAGACCAAGACAUUUGGCUGAAAGCUCAUCGUAACAUGGUCAUGAUGAUAUAUGAAGAUGUUUCAGUGUUUUAGCAGCUCAUUUAUGACCGGUGUGAUAACUAACAGACACUUCACUUGUUUUAAUGACUGUAAGCAGCACAGAGUUUUAUUUUUAUUUAACAAGAUGUUGUUGAGUUUUCUUAAUAAUGAAUUUUAUCAGAAGUAUGAAAACCUUACCCGUCGUCCUCCUCCUGCUUCACCGACUUCAGAGCAGACGCUUUAACAGAAA